UCAAUAAUCUAUAACAAAAUAAUUAUUACAUUCUACCAUACUAUAUCUUGUGGCACUUUCUAUUCGUGCAAUGUACUUGGUCGUCGAGUUCACCUGUUGCGACGCUAACUACCUUCAGCUAUAAAGUCUUUUCGAACGUGUCCUGUCGUAAUUUGUAGCUGAUAAUACGGAUCUGGCUUCAUACUAUAACUGAUCAGAGUAAUGGGCAAUUUUAUUUGAAGAUAAUUUAAUUUAUCUUGCAUUGCUGAUUAAAAUUUAUUUGAUCUCGUGUACAGGUAUUAAGGUCAUUGGUAUUUUUCAAAUAAAUGAAACAUGCCAAUAUACAAUUAUAAAUCACGCGGAUAUAAAAUACAUAUUCAACUGUAUAUCUGUCAAUCGUUCACUACGCAAGGUUUCUGUGUCAAUUUUCCGGAUAAUCGAUCUGAUAAGAUAAAAUAAAUGUGUAUCAUUUGUAUGAAUAAUGCUAAAGAAAAAUUAAUUACGAAUCUACUCAUAAUGAUUAAACGAAGAAACAAUUUUAUAGAUUGUGUGUUGCACGUGUAUUAAGUAAAUGUUACUUGUAUCGUUUACAGUUUAUAUAUUUAGUGUGCAAUUUAGUGAUUAAUCAAAUACAGAGGUUUCAAAUUAAUUAGAAUGGGAAGUAAUCAAGAAGGAGAAUCUGCUAUAACAAUACCACUGCAAUAUAAUAAUUCUCAUUGGAAAGCUAUAUUUGAAAAAUAUGAUUUAGAUGGGGAUGGAAAAAUCACAUAUCAGGAAUUAAGAGCUAUGAUACGUAGUUCUUCUUAUUCCAAUGAUAUUCCAACCAGAGUUGUUCAUAUGAUUAUGCGUAAGGCAGAUCUAGAUGAUUCAGGAUAUUUAGAUUUUCCAGAAUUUAUAGCUAUGAUACAUAGAAAAGAUAUGCAAGGUGUUUUUGGUCACUUGGUGCAACGAUAUGUACAAUCUAUGGUUCCACAAAGACCAACUACUUUUCAAAUAGCACGGUCUAGUGAUAUCACUGAUGGACAAUAUGAAGAAGAAUAUAGUUGUAAACCUCCAGCAUUAGCAAUGAUAAUUAUUUCCAUAUUAGAAAUUAUUUUAUUUUUAUAUGAUGUAAUUGUAUAUAAAUCACCUUCUGUUGAAGGACCAGCAGCUACAUUAUUUAUUUAUAAUCCACACAAAAGAUAUGAAGCAUGGAGAUAUUUAACAUAUAUGUUUGUACAUGUGGGGGUAUUUCAUCUAGUGGUAAACUUACUUGUGCAAAUAAUGUUAGGUAUUCCAUUGGAAAUGGUGCACAAAUGGUGGAGAGUAUUAAUUAUAUAUGUAGCGGGCGUUUUAGCAGGAUCUCUUGGUACAUCUGUAUCAGAUCCUACAGUAUAUUUAGCAGGAGCAUCAGGUGGUGUAUAUGCAUUAAUUACUGCUCACGUGGCAACCAUUUUAAUGAACUGGUCGCAAAUGGAAUUUGCUGUUUUACAAUUAUUAGUAUUCCUUGUCGUAACGGUUGUUGACGUUAGUCAAGCAAUAUAUAAUCGUUAUGUAUUAGAAACCAACGACCAAGUUGGAUAUGUUGCUCAUUUUGCUGGUGCCAUUGCGGGCUUACUUGUAGGUAUAAAUGUAUUGCGUAAUCUUGAAGUUAAAACAUGGGAAAAAGUUGUGUGGUGGGCCAGUAUUAUUACAUAUACUGUACUUAUGACAGCUGCUAUUUUAUGGAAUAUUUUCUAUACAUCUUAUUAUAAUUAGUUUUCAUAUAUUUAUUUUUUGCUAAAUAUUUUCUAAUGUAACAGAAAUUGAAAUCUUGCCAUUAUAUAAGCAGAGAGCAAAAAUUUUUCUAUAAAAAUAGAUAAAUAAACAAGAUGCUAGUUUAAGCAUUUAAAAUAAAUAUUAAUAUAUUGCAUACUGUGAUAUAGAAAAUCUCUAUAUAUUGCACAGAAAAAGUAAAUUAAUGACAAUAAUAAAUAA